AUGACGGAGUACACGGAACUGGGAAGUCACGAAGCAACUGGGGGGUUAAAGGUCAUGGUGUGCGUGGAUGGGAGCCAUAAUUCGGAGCUGGCAUUUCAAUAUUAUUUAGAUCACGUGCACAAAAAUGGGAAUGAAAUAGUUCUUGUCCAUGUUGCUGAUUUGGAAAUCUACCCGUCGUCCCACAUAUAUUCUGGAGGAAUGGGGAUCGGGAUGCCGACGGGGACGACUCACGAAAUCUUGGACAAAGCAAAGAAAAAGAACAAAAUCAUCGAAACAAAAUUCACAACCAAGUGCGAAGAUUUAGGAUUACACUACACUUUUUUAGCAUUGCUGGAAGGAGGUCAUGGACUUGGUGCAGUUCUAGUGCAGGCUGCACAUGACCAUAAUAUAUAG